GAGGUCUAACAACAGUCAUGGCACCGAAAAAGAAGCCAGUGGCGAAGAAACAAGUGAGUGUGCGGCCGCAGACAACAGGGAAACGCUCGGGACCAAAACUCGGGAGCAAAAACGACCGUAUACUGGCCAAGUUCCCUAGUCUCUCACCUCCACGAAAUCACCCUGGAGUAGUUAGUGACUCGGACGAUGAGCCUAUGAGUCAACCGAGUAGUCAAUCCGUAUUAGGUCGUAAGAAUCGAUUGAAUGAUCUCCUAUCGUCCACAAAUUCCAAUUCGAAUUCGAAUUCCAAUUCAAAGUCAAAACCAAAACCAAAACCAAAACCAUCAACAACAUCAUCAGCAUCAGCAUCACGUCAAAAACGUAUACCUAAGACCAACCAAAAAUACCUGUUUGAAGAAGAUGAAGGAUUUAUUUAUAAGAGAAGUCAAUCAGUUGAAACGGAUACAGGUUCUGGAGCUAAUGGAUCCAAACGGAAGAGAAAACCAAUUAGUACACCUGUAUCUCGAUUACAUGAUGAAAUCCAUAGUCUUUCACGAGAUAUGCAUAAUGAUGAAGAUUUACAUUUAUUAGAUCUACAUAAUCCCAAACGAUCUAAAACUACUUCUACAACCAUCACUAAUCCAAAGAAACGUCAAUCACGGAAGAUCCAUAACUUUUUGGAUGAAUCUAGUAUACAAUUAUCAUCACCUAUUCAAGAUAGAGGUCAUUAUUCCGAUGAAGAUGAUUAUGUUGAACAAGUAUCUCAUCAUACAUUAACACUUGAUGAACCGGUAAGUAAAACUGGAGAUAAACAAAAUAGUAAACGAAGAACAUCUUAUUAUAAUCGAGGUAAAAGAGUUCUGUCGAUAGGUAAUGGAUUUGUAGGAGAACCUCAUCAAGACGUUCCAGUAUCUGAUUACUAUAAACUUUUAGAUACUUCAUUACCUGAACCUGAUAGAGUUAGACAACUUUUAAUAUGGUCCUUUAAGAAAAGAUUACAACAAGAAGAGAAUAAUAAUUCUAAAUCAGGCAGUACUGAAGAUCAAACUGUAUUAAAUAUUGCCAAAGUUAUUAAAGAAGAAGUAGUACGAGAUCUUGUUGAAAAAUUAAUUUCAAUUAGUUGGUAUAGUAAUCUCAAUCUUGAUACUGAUGAUACAUUAAGUAAAGAAGUUCGUAUACCGAAUCCUUUAAAUGAAAUUAAUUUGCAUAACAUUGAUGUUUAUUCUAAAAAAUUAAAGGCAUUAAUAAAGCAAAAACAAGAAUGGCAAGAUGCAUAUAAACGAGCCAUUCAACCAAUUGAAAAAUUACCUGAAACCAUAACUAGUCUGGUUAAUAAAGAUCAACUUGAACAAUAUUUAUUACAUCAAAAGGAAGAACAAGUAGAUGCAUCUAUUCUUGAUAAUUCAUAUUUAGAAAGUGUUGAUAAUAAUUUAGAACAAGUGAAGGAAAAAAUUGGUGAUAAUCUCGAAUCUGGUAUUGAUAAACUUUAUCACACAACCUAUCAAAUGUCUAAAGUUUCUGAAAUUGUACAAGCCAUUGAAACUACAAAAUUAAAGGAUCAAGUAUCUUCUUUAUUACUGGAUUAUAUGACAAGAAGAAAUGAUACUCAUAAUUCAGUAAUAUCAAAACCUUUACCAUUAUAUGAUAUCUCAUCUAAACCUACAAAAUCUAUUGAUAAUAAAGUAUUACUUCGAACUUUAAGUAGAUUAGGUCAACCACUUCAAAAAUAGUUUAUUCAUACCCCCCAUUUACUUCUUCACUGUAUUUUGCAUUUUUUAGUGACCCGGUCACUCAAAUGGACAACUGGAACAUUUAG